AUGUCUGCGGCUUUCCUCUUCGCGGCGCUUGGCGCUUUGGCACUCGUCAGCCGCACAGGGUGCACAGACAACACAAAUGGCCUGAACACAGACGCUGUACAGGAGUUGGACUACACAGAUGUAGACUUAGGAUUGACACAAAGGGGACCUCGUUUCGAUGUGCCACAUUCCAAAAAUGUGACAGCCCUAGUUGGGAAAACUGCACAACUGAACUGCAGGGUCCAUGACCUUGGAAAUAGGACGGUAUCAUGGAUUCGACAUCGUGACAUUCAUUUGCUGACGUCAGGCAGAAUGACGUACACCUCAGACCAGAGGUUCAUCAGUGUACACAACCCUCACACUGAGGAUUGGAUACUGAAGAUAAGGUUUCCACAACGUCGCGACUCCGGCAUUUACGAGUGCCAAGUCGGUACAACGCCACCUAUCGGCCACAGGAUGUACCUCUCAGUCGUCGAGCCCCUGACGACAAUCCUGGGUGGACCGGAGCUGUUCAUCAACACGGGGAGCACCAUCAACCUGACGUGCGUGGUGCAGCACUCGCCGGAGCCACCUCCAGCCAUACGGUGGACUCACAAUGAUGAGGAGAUCAACUACGACUCACCCCGUGGAGGGGUCUCAGUCAUCACUGAGAAAGGGGAGACGACCACGUCACACCUUCUGGUACAAAGGGCCAAAGCCCCUGACUCUGGCAGGUACACCUGCGCCCCUGCUAAUGCUAAUCCGAGAUCUGUACUCGUCCAUGUUCUGAGCGGUGAGCACCCAGCUGCCAUGCAGCAUGGUGGCCAGCUCCGUCUCCAGUACCCUCUGUCAGCUGCCCUCCUCAGCGUCAUCGUGACCCUCAUGGGCUGCUAG